GUGAAUAACGACGAUCUGGUGCCUUAGACAACAAGAAGUUCCACUUAACAAAGAAGUUACGCUUGUUUACUUCACCAUUAGUUUUACGAAUAAUGCUGAUUUGAACAAAGAUUCGUUGCUGGCCAUUGUGCAGAAGAACGCUGAGAAUUUCGGUUAUUCUUGGACUAACGUCACUCAAGUUGACAAUUAUGAAAUUGGCAGUGAAACGGCCAAAACGAGCAGCCGGAACUGCACAGCUUCACAUAGCGAAGGUUGGAAUGAGGCAGCCCGCAUACUCAGAACCGGAAUGAACAUUUCAACUGAUCCAUGCGACGAUUUCUAUGAUUUUAUGUGCGGCGCGAUGGAAUCCAGUGACUCGCUCGAUGACUUAACACUGUUUGAAAAGAUGCAGCAGAAAAUCGAUCGGAAUAUUAUUGAAUUUUUGGAAAGCAUCGAUACCGCUUCACAGAUACCUGCAAUUGAAAUGACCGCCAAAUUCUACAGGUCAUGUGUGAAUCACAGCAUGAACAAGGAAAGUCGUCGAAACCUUAUAGGUAUCAUCAAUGAACUGGGCGGAUGGCCCAUGCUAAAUUCAUCGGUCGCAACCACAUUCGCGACGGACGAAAUAUUUCGUCGUUUUGCUCGCAUUUUGCGUCUGGAAGGGAUACCAAUCAUGAUAAACCCUGUGAUUACUGUUGACUGGAAGAACACAACUCGUUGUAUGGUAAAUAUUUUUCCAGCCUUCCCUGUCGAUAUCCCUGAUGCCAGAAACUCUUCGAAUGACACGUCCGAGCAGAGGUUGUCGAACGUGAUGAACAACGUGAUUUCGAUGUUAGCGGAAGAGGAAGGUAUACCGCUGGAUGACAAACAGCUGGAGGCAGACAUCGAAGACGUGAUAACAUUUGAGAGGCAAUUGGGCGAUGGUGUUGCAACCGACGAGGAGACGUCACGAUUCAGCGAUUAUUACAACCUCUACGAUAUUGAGCAGGCAGAAAAGGAAUGGCCAGAACUAAACUUACGAACGUAUUUUCAAGAGCUCUUACCAGAUGAUCAGGAUAUCGUAAGCAGUGUUGUAAAUUAA